AUGAACAAGUCCUUCCCAGCAAAUUAUCACAUUGUUUUCCUGCCAUCCUCCACCACCUCCAAUCUACAUCCCCAUGAUGCCUUAUCCCUUAUGAAUUCUACCUUAUCGUAUGUUGAAGAACCUACCAAUUUACUGUACACUCAUCCCUUUCUGGCCACUUUAAUAUCUCUGUUGGUGGUGUGUAUGAUCAUCGCGACCUUGGUUGGCAACAUUAUGGUUUGUUUGGCAGUUAUUUUGGUGAGGAAAUUGAAGGCUCAGCCUGCUAAUUUGCUACUGGUAUCAUUGGCGGUGGCUGAUUUCAGCGUGGGUCUAUUUGUAAUGCCUAUCGCUCUGGUGGUUAUUUUGGAGGACAAAUGGAUCUUGGGUAUGUGACUUUGGGAAAGGUCGCUUUCGAUUAUUGACACUGUUUGAUCAUGUAUUUCAAAUGAUAUUCAGGACCCUUGUUUUAGUUUCAAACAAACUCUGUGCAAAUAAAGACCGGCCUAAGCCUGGCGGGGAUAAUCGUAGAGACCAAAGGGAAUAUCAAAUUUUCGGUUUUUGUUUUAGCCACUCUUAGGUAUGGGUAGGGAGGGCACCAUCCCUCCAACUGGUUCCUCCAGGAAUUGCCCGACUUUUCCGUCCGUUUUUUGUUUCGCUUCCGCCAAGAUGAUGAGGUAAACAAUAGAUAAAAUAAUUGGAUUACAAGUGGCACUUCAUUGGAUAAGGGUUUCGUUUUAAGGCUCCAAAAUGUAUCCUUAUGCAGCAAACGAAAUUCAAGCCCAGAAAAAGUUAUCUGCGAAUCUCUAAAAAUCGCUAUUCAGGAAGGACAAUAUGUCUAUUGUGGACGUCUGCGGACCUAAUGUUGUGCUCCGCGUCAAUUUUGAAUCUUUGCAUGAUCUGCAUCGACCGGUAUUUCGCUGUGAUCAAAGCCCUCACCUACUCAGCCAAGAGGACUCGUGGUCGUAUUUUAUGUUACAUUCUGGUGGUCUGGGUGUUUGCUCUCUUGGUUAGUACAACUCCGCUAAUCGUAUUGCCCACUAAUCACUCCGAAAACUCUUGUCAGGUAAGUAAUUUUAAUUCCUUUUCUGAUUUGUUUGGCAGCAGUGUGCAAUUUAAAGAAGGAAAAAACCAAAAUAUUAUGACUACAGGUAUCUCAGCAUCAGUUAUAUCAAAUAUACGCAACAGUCAUUUCUUUCUACGCGCCCUGUCUGAUCAUGGUCAUAUUGUACUGGAGGAUGUGGCAGGCUGCAAAGUUAUUGCAAAAGAAGGAUCACAUGAACACUAAAUGGUCCGUGUCUUCUAAACAGCCAGAGGCAAAAACAAAAAGUAAUAACGGCACGAUGAAGAACGGCUUCGGGGAAUCACCGAAACGGCAUCACCGGCCUUCUGCUCUGUUGCACGCAGUCCGGGUUCCCUUGGUAUGGAGGAAAUUUGAAUAUUCAAAUUAAAUUAAUUUACAGAUGCAUUCCAACUCCCGUAAUCAUCACGAAAGGACAGAAGACAAAGCCCGGAAGACCCUGGGAGUGAUCAUGAGUGUGUUCAUCGUCUGUUGGGUACCCUUUUUCAUUCUGGCUCUCCUCAAAUCUCAGUAUAUCCCGGAUGUUCCCAAAUGGCUGGACGUUUUAUUUUUGUGGUUAGGAUACUCAAACAGGUGAGAUUACAUAAGAUUAUACAAGUUUACGUGGUUCUUUACGUUGUCUUUUCAGCAUGUUGAAUCCGUUAAUUUAUUGUAAGUACAACAGAGAGUUCCGGGUACCCUUCCGCGAGAUGUUAUGUUGUCGCUUCAGUACGAUGCAAACUGUAAUGCGGAAUGAAAGUUUUCACAGCAAGUUUGGACCUCCAAAGUAAGCGUCAUAUAAUGGAUAUUAUGCACACGCGGGGUGCUCUUUGCAUUCAUAUUCAUUUCCUUUCUCUCUUUUCUUUUUAUGUUUUAUUUCGUUUUAUUUUUGGAGUUUUGUAAAUAUUACUCAUAAUGCCUAACUGAAAUACAAAUUUUGCUUUAUUUAUUAUAUUUUAGUUUUAGGAACUGCAAUCUAUAGUAUUCAUAAUUUUAUAAGCAUUAUUGACCAACUAUUUUUAGCCUGAGUGAACUCCGGACUUCCACAGUAACUUGUGCCGUCCCUGCCAUGUCCGUGACGGCAUUCCCACCUCCAGAAUUCGAGUUAAAUAACAAUAACACCACCUUUUCACUUAAUGCUGAAAACCGCGGCCUUGAGAUUUCAAAACGGAUAGCUCAUAUUUAA